AUGAUGAAGAAAUUUGCUCGUGCCUACUCUUCGGCGUCAGCCACUCUUGGCUCAAACCCUGUUCCCCCUUCAAAGAUUCAGUACAUUCCUACUUCGGGAAAAUACCCCAAAGGCUUUAUCGCUUCAGGUGUUUUGGCUGGCGUCAAGCCUGGCAAUACCAGCAAGCCCGACAUCGCCCUCGUCACUUCUGAUCGUCCCUGCGCCGCCGCUGGUGUCUUCACAAAGAACAAGUUCCAGGCUGCUCCUGUGACCUAUAGCAGGAAGCUUUUGCAGCAGAAGAAGAACGCGGGCCUGCGAAGUGUGGUUGUCAAUUCUGGUAAUGCGAAUGCUGUCACCGGCACCGGAGGUCUUGAAGAUGCUACCAGUAUGGCCCGCACAACAGAUCAGAGGGUUGGUGAUGAGGACUCUACUAUUGUGAUGAGCACUGGAGUCAUUGGCCAAAGGCUGCCAAUUCAGAAGAUUCUCGAUAAGAUCCCUACGGCUGUUAGCAAGGCUGGCAGUUCUCACGAGAACUGGCUUGAUUGUGCAAAGGCCAUCUGUACCACAGAUACUUUCCCUAAGCUCAUGUCUCGAUCCUUUGAGCUUCCUUCUUCUCCAGGUGUUGAGUAUCGCAUUGCUGGUAUGACAAAGGGUGCAGGCAUGAUUGCCCCCAACAUGGCGACUCUUCUUACCAUCCUGGCUACUGAUGCUCCUAUCUCCCCUGCGGUCAUGCCUAAUGUUCUUCGACAUGCGGUGGACCGAUCGUUCAACUCCAUCACCAUUGAUGGUGACACUUCCACCAAUGAUACUGUUGCUCUUCUUGCUAACGGUGCCGCUGGCGGAAAGGAGGUCACUUCUGAGCAGUCUCCAGACUACAAAGCCUUCCAGGAGCUCCUCACCGAGUUCUCUAUUGACUUGGCCAAGUAUGUCGUCCGAGACGGUGAGGGUGCUACCAAGUUUGUUACUAUCCGUGUUGUCGACAGUGCUUCUGAGGAGGCAGCCCGUGAGAUUGGUCGAUCGAUCGCCAAGUCCCCCCUCGUUAAGACUGCUCUGUACGGAAAGGAUGCCAACUGGGGCCGUGUCCUUUGCGCCACCGGAUAUGCUCUCAUUUCGCCUCCUGGUCAACCUGUGAAUGACGUUCCUGAGAUCACUCCCGAGCGCACCAAUGUCUCCUUCGUCCCUACCGAUGGCUCAGCUGAGCUGAAGCUGCUCGUGGACGGCGAGCCCGAGCAGGUCGACGAGAAGCGAGCAUCGGAGAUUCUCGCUAUGGAAGACCUCGAGAUCGUUGUCAGGUUAGGUACAGGCGACAAGUCUGCUGUACACUAUACCUGCGACUUCAGCCAUGACUAUGUCACUAUCAAUGGUGACUACCGAACUUGA